UGUUCAUUCUCGCCGUGAGGGGGUUCACUGAUUCAACUUCAACUGUCGUGGCUAACUCAGUGCAGGCUUGGACUCUGAUAGAGAAAGUUUUUCUUUUGUGUCGUGGCUCAUCGAUCGUAUAUAUUUUUUAAAUUCCUCAAAAUAAUUCCCUUUUUAUUUUUAUUUAACGGCGCAAAACACGAGAGGAGUCCAGAAUGAGUAAAGGCAAAGUUGUGAAUCUCAGGGACAAGAUCAGCGACAACGAGAUGGACCUCAGUCUGUGUAACUUGACAGAGGUGCCUGUCAAAGAACUGGCUGCUUUCCCGAAAGCCACGGUGCUGGACCUCUCCUGUAAUAAUCUUACCACCCUCCCCCCGGAGUUCUGCAGCCUGACUCACCUAGUGAAGUUAGACCUGAGCAAGAAUCAACUAGUCAGCCUACCUGCGGAGGUGGGCCGCUUGGUCACCUUGCAGCACCUGGACCUCUACAACAACAAGCUCACCUCACUGCCCGUCAGCUUCUCCCAGCUCAGGAAUCUGAAAUGGCUGGACCUUAAGGAUAACCCCCUGGAGCCAACGCUGGCCAAGGUGGCAGGAGACUGUCUGGAUGAGAAGCAGUGCAAGCAGUGUGCCUACAGGGUUCUCCAGCACAUGAAGGUCUUACAAGCAGAGGUGGACAAGGAGAGAGAACGGCGCCUUCUAAAGGAGAGGGAACUGGAAAAGAAAAAGGAGGCGCAGCAGAGGGCAAAGGAGGCACGAGAAAGGGAGGCACGCAAACGAGAGAAAGCUGAAGAGAAGGAGAGGAAAAGGAGAGAGUAUGAUGCUCAGAGAGCUGUCCGUGCUGCAGAGGCACAGCAGAAGAAAGAGGAGAAGACGGACAAACCAGAGCAGACUCACACGGUGGUGACACAGUCUGCCCCCAAGGCGAAACGCUCGCUGCUGGGCGUGGUGCUGAAGCUGUUGUUACUGCUGCUGGUGGGCGUGGCCGGCGUGGUGGCAGUGUGUCAGCUGACAGACCUGCGGAGGGAGGCGGCCUGCGCACCCAUCAAUAUGCAUUUCGAGGAGGCGCUGUCGUGGGCUCAGGGGCAGGAGGUGGUGCGGAGCAUUCUACAGAAACUCUCUGUGCAGCUGCAGCAGCAGCAGCAGCCACAGGCCCCCACACCGGCACCGGCACCGGCACCGGCACCGGCACAGCCACACCUGCAGCCAUGAGAUCCGACCCUCCCUCACAGGGAACGGAAAGGGCAGCCGUGCAGCUAAAAUUCCUAUGGAAUUGUCUCUUUUUUUUUUUUUUUUUUUGUUCUUUGUUUUGUUUUUAAUUAAAAGCUUCAAAAUGAUGACCAGCAAAUGAAUAAUUCCAAGGCAGUAUUUAAAACGAGUCCUGCAGUUAUAGCAUCUUAUAAAGUGUCAAAAGUGCUGAGCAGAACAAGUUGUGCUUUUACUUCUGGUUUCAGCCACAGCGCAUCUUGUUAUAAGGCUUAUGUCGCCAUUGCCUUGUAGCGUUGUGCGUAACCUUGUAUGUACCGUGCAACUUCCCACCAGGGAUUCACCAUAUAUGAAUUUAGAAUGUAGUACAAGUGCGGUGGAAAUACUUUCAGGUUAAUAUUUCUUUUGGACAUCUGAACAUGUUUUGCAUGUUUCUAGCAAAGUGUGUUAACAUCCUUUGCAGUAAAAAUAAGUGGAUCCUAUAUAUGAAAUGAAGUGCUAACACACCUUUAUAUGUACAACUCAAGUGAAAGGCAACAUGAAUGUAUGUUUGUGUCUUCCACUACUGUAGAGACCACUGCCUUCCUGAAUGCCGCCUGAGGCUGUUGUGUUCAGUGUGAUGAUAUAGUGUUCUGUUCUGAACAACUGAAGUUGAAGGAGCAUGAGGAGCUUGGUUUGUCUUCCUGGUUUGUGGUGGGAUUACAAGGGCACUUGUGCUACAUGGAUCAGUUGGUUUGGGACUCUGCCCUCAGAAUCUGUAGCCACGGGUUCUACAGUGAUUCCAGAGAUUCAGAUUGUACUUGGAGUGGGUCCCUCUCUGCUGUUGAGCAUCACUGUAUCCUCCCUGCUUUCAGCUGGAAAGAGCUGUUGUAAUGUGUGAGGAUGCUUGCUGCAAUGCUUAGCCACUCAUUGACGAUGAUUAUCACAAUAAACUGCUGACUG